GGCAGUCGGCGCGCCGACGCUAGAGUCCUUGCUCGUGGACGAUCACAUUAUAAUCUUCGUUUAUAUCGGAAUUACGGUACAAUGGGCGUUCCCGCACUGUUCCGUUGGUUGAGCAAGAAAUAUCCGAAAAUUGUAUCAUCUGUCGCUGAAGCGGAGGAGGAGGAAGUUCUCGACGCAGCUGGGGAUCCUAUUAAACUUCCCGUUGACAUCACACAACCUAACCCCAAUGGCGAGGAAUUCGACAGCUUAUACCUGGAUAUGAACGGUAUCGUUCAUCCCUGUACUCAUCCCGAAGGCAAACCGGCUCCCGAAACGGAGGAGGAAAUGAUGCUUGAAGUGUUCAAAUACACUAACAGAGUGGUUAACAUGGUGCGGCCGCGCAAACUUCUUUUCAUGGCUAUUGACGGCGUUGCACCUCGUGCCAAGAUGAAUCAACAGCGGAGUAGACGGUUCAGGACUGCUCAAGAAGCAAAAGACAAGGCGGAAGCUCAUAAACUUGCUGUCGCUGAGUGGGAAGCUAUGGGUAAGAUUAUUACCGAUGACGAGAAAAACAAGGAAUCUUGGGACUCUAACGCUAUCACACCCGGUACGCCGUUUAUGGACCUUUUAACAGCGUCGUUACGGUACUGGGUUGUGGAGAAGAUGAAUACUGAUCCAGGGUGGAAAGAUCUGCAAGUCAUCAUCUCGGAUGCAAGUGUGCCUGGAGAAGGAGAGCAUAAGAUUAUGGACUUCAUACGCAGACAACGCACAAAUCCUGGUCAUGAACCUAAUACUCGACAUGUAAUUUAUGGUUUGGAUGCUGAUCUCAUUAUGCUCGCCCUCGCGACCCAUGAACCAUAUUUCCGAGUACUUCGGGAAGAUGUGUUUGCGCAAGACAAAGGUUCCGGGUGCCGAAUGUGUGGACAAGAAGGUCACUAUGCCGCUCAAUGUACAGCACUGAAAUCAGAGAUUAAAAAGCCUCCUCCACCGGAAAAAAAACCGUUCAUUUUCCUCGAUGUCGCCAUUCUGCGCGAGUAUCUGGAAUCCGAGUUGAAUGUGAACAAUACGCCCUUCCCUUUCGAUUUGGAACAAGCUAUUGAUGACUGGGUGUUACUCAUAUUCUUUGUCGGCAACGAUUUCUUGCCGCAUUUGCCGUCACUUGAGAUUCGCGAAGGAGCGAUUGAUACUCUUUUGAGGAUCUGGAAGAUGGAGUUACCCAGAAUGGGUGGAUAUCUGACGAACCAUGGUCAACUAGUGCUUAGUCGUGCGCAGAUCAUAUUAGAGGGACUGGCGCGACGAGAAGAUGAGAUCUUCCGUAAGCGACAAGAGACUGAGCAACGCCAAGAUCAAGAGGCGAAACGUCGUAGGAUUGAAAAGUCUGGGUCUGGAGAGAACGCCGCGGGCGAUAUUCAGUUCGCCGCUCCGUCUGCGAAACUUGGUCUGACUGCAUCCACUACAUCAUUAUCAUCUCUUCCUCAACGUGCAGAUAAUGCUUUUGCUGCCAAGGCCGACUCUAUUGGUCUCGGAGCGCCGCGUAAUGCUCAGUCUCUUGAAGUUGCUCCAGUUGCAGCGCAAGCACUGGCUGGUUCGAAUCGUGAUGUAGUUGCCAAUCGAGCUGCUAUACGGAUGGCGAACAUGAGUGCUGCAGAGAUGCUCAAGGCUGAGCUAUCUGGACUCAUUCCUGUGAAACAGAGUGCUUCUGCUUCUAAACCUGAGCCGGUUGUUCCUACGCCUCCACCCAAAACAGACGCUGAGCUUAUGGAUGACGGAGAUAUUCCGGGUCUUGGGAAUGCUUCAUCAGCACUUGAAUUCGUUGAUGAUGGGGCUGGUGACAUGGAUGUCGAGCCCAAUGAUCCUGUAACUCUUCCAGCUGAUGAGCCUGUAACACCUAUCGUUGGUGUCAAGCGGAAGCUUGAAGAUAUCGAGGGAGAGGAUACCGAUGAAGUAGCUGGCAUUGAUGAGGAGUCGUCUGAAGAUAACGAAGAUGCGUCUUACGCCCUGGUAGUCAGGGCCGAUGGCUCAGUUGAGCAGGCCGAUAACGUGAGAUUGUAUGAUCCCGGGUAUAAGAAGCGAUACUAUCAGCAAAAGUUUGGCAUAUCAGAAAAUGAUAAUGAUUUCCGUAGAAAGCUAACAAAACACUAUGUAGAAGGUAUUGCGUGGGUUCUGCAUUACUACUAUCAAGGGCCCCCCUCGUGGCAAUGGUAUUACCCAUAUCAUUUUGCGCCUUUCGCGUCGGACUUCGAAGAUUUGGAAAACAUGCAACUCGAUUUUACUCUCGGACAGCCAUUCAAACCGUACGAGCAACUUAUGGGUGUUUUCCCCCCUGCUAGUCGCAAGCACAUACCUGAAGUCUUCCACGAUCUCAUGACAAACGAAGAAUCUCCAAUUCAUGAUUUCUACCCAUCAACUUUCCAGAUCGAUAUGAAUGGGAAGAAGAUGCUGUGGCAAGGUGUUGCUCUGUUGCCUUUCAUAGACGAGAAAAGGUUAUUAGAUGCGAUGGCCGAGCACUACCCUAAGCUCACUGAGGAUGAAGCCCGAAGAAAUAGCUGGGGUCAAAAUGUCAUAUUUGUCGCCGAUGAACAUUCAAUAUAUCCGUUCUUCGAGGGAUUAUAUGGCAAGCGCAAGGAGAAAGAGCCCCAACUCAUACCUACCAACCUGUCCAAGGGCAUUAGCGGUAGUGUUCUACCAAACCCCGAUUGUUUACCUGGCUCGACGUAUUACUCCCCUUUGAGUUCCAUGGACCUGCAAGAUAUUAAAAAUGAUCGUUCUCUCUCCGCAUUAUACUACUUCCCAAAGCAACUCUCUCCCCAUCGAUCGAUGUUUCUUCCAGGGGUUAUAAAACCUGCAAGACAGCUUACUAGUGAGGAUCUAGCUCGGAGGGGCCGAGGACAUGGCCGAGGGGGCGGUAUGGAUCGUGGCGGUCGCGGACGAGGUGGUUAUCAGAACGGCUCUUACAACAACGGACAUGGGUAUGGCAGCGCCCAUGGCCAAUCACAAACUCCGACAUCAUACGUCUCCUCGUACACCACCACUCAGUCUCGAACACCGUACACUCAAGGGCCCCAGCAAGGAUUCGGAGGCUAUGGCUCCAAUGGACGGCCACCAAUUCAAAAUUAUGGUAAUAAUUAUCCUGGUCAGUCGCGUGGUGGUCCACCCCCUCGAGGAGGUGCCCCUCCCUCGCGUGGAAUGCUACCAAGUCGCGGUGGCCCUCCCCGCGGUGGUCCUCCCCGUGGCGGCCCUCCUCGUGGCGGUAGUUCCGGGUAUGGAGGUUCUACGUCCUAUGCUCAAACCGCUCAUCAACCGGGAUAUAGCCGUGGAGGCUAUUCUGGUGGGUACGGUGGCAGCAGUGGAGGGUAUGGUGGACAGGCGAACAGUGGUUACGGGGGCUACGGUGGGCAGGCAAGCCGAGGUGGCUAUGGUGGUUCAGGAGGACAAGACAACGGCGGCAGUUACAUGGGUUAUGGAAACCAGAAUGGCGGACAGGCUCGUGGUGGCUAUGGAGGUGGCUACAAUGGAGGAGGUUAUCAGAACCCUUCGAGGGGCCGAGCCCGAGGAUUCUAGAGUAACUUAUUUGCAUACUACGUCGUUAAUAUUUUCCUUGGGAGAUACUUUGUAUUUUAGACCAUCGAUAUAUAUAUUUCUCUGCUUUCUCUCUGA